AUGGCGCGUACUUGCUCGAGGUUCAAGCUGGUCCUUGUUCAUGCCGAGAGUGACCAGACCAUGCCAUGGCACGAAACGGAAGCGCUCUUCCAAUCGACACUUCGGGCCGCCAAAGACGCGAGUCCGAAUGAAGACGGCCUCAAGAGUCUUGAGGUGGUGGAUUUGGGCGAAGCCGGACGACAAGAGGUUUGGCAGAGCAAUUCGCGCAGCAUCUCGAAGACGAUUGCUAAGCACGGCGGUACGUACUCGUCCUGA